UCAAGAAUUUUGGAGUGGGGUGGUUCCAGAUUAUUCCAAACUCUGAAGCUGAACAGCGAAAGCGCCGUCAAUGUUUACCCCGCAAAUGAGGCUUGGUAUAUCGCUAAUUCAGUAUUAAUUGGAAACUGGAGCGAGGAGAGAUUAAAGAACGAGUAUGAAUUCAAACUAUUUCUCAGAAAACGUGACAGGCGGGAACUAUUACUACAAAAGUCUAGAACGUUGUUCAGCAAUCUACUGAGAGAAAGACCUUUGGCAAUAAGUGGUACUUACGUUCAAUAUGGAUUUAAUGUACAAGUAGUCGCGUCGGAUAUGCCAGCGAAAGCGAAGAUGGCGAACGGCAAGCAGCAAUACGGGUUGGCCAUGUCGAUUCUGGUGCGGGAGCGGCAGGUGGACUAUGUGCAGAAUAUAUGCGAUGGUUGUCUUAUGACCAUGUCGCCUAUCGUCACGCCAUGCUGUCGGAACACUUUCGUUAUCAUUAGUGCUAAAAAUGAACAAGUUCGCGGGAAGGAAAUGAAAUAUGGUGAUGAAUUUCUGUUGAAGGCUGAGAAUUAUGGAGAGCCUGAGGCAGCUCCACUGUACGUGAGAUACUCGCCGUCCAGCUCGCCCGCUCCAGCAGACCGCAUGCCGAUGCGGCUGAGCACUACCAAAGACAGUAACUGCCGGUUCACUACCAUGCCGCUUUUGCCAUGCGACCGGCUUGAAGGAUUAGGUAGCCCUGUUAAGACUGGUGCCAAGCUUGUCAUAAAAAACUGUGUCGCAGACAAGAGUUUAUGCGUCAUGAAUCAGAACUGGAUGCAGACAUUUUUUGGGCCUUACAAGCUCAACAUAUUCCUUGAGCAAAUGAAGAAAGGCGAUCUCAUGCUGGCGCGGUUCCGAAAGAUGUCCGAGAACCUGAAUAAGCCUACCAUACUGACUCAGUCAUCGGGAAGCAUCGCCUUUGGAUCAAAAAUAUCAUUGCUAGCGCCGCACGUACCUUCUACGGAUCCCCCCGUUGAAGGCAAGACAGGUCUUCUCUUGGGCGGUCGUAUUUCUUCGAACGAUAUUACGUAUUCACAAGAACUAGAGGACGGUUGUUCUGUCGUGGGACUACCGUAUACUGAACCCGCUGAAAGACAUACCUUCGUAAUAACCAGCGCCGACUACUGUGACCGUACAGGCGAACCCUUGAAAUAUAAUCAGGAAUUUCUUUUAACACUCUCCUCAUCUCUCAAGAAAGAGCCCUUAUACAUAAGGUAUGAUCCGGAUCCUGUCCCGGGCUUGUGCGGUAUGUUUUCACUAUACCUGAGCAAGCAUUUUGUGUCCAAUACGCGAUGGAGAGUGUUGCCCAUCCAACAACCCAAUAUCACUAGGUUUGAACAAGAAGGCACACACAUUAUGGUCAACAAAGAUAUCGUUAUAAAUCAUUGUUCUACAAAUCGUAAUUUAGGCAUUCAUGUGGGCCAUUGGGCUAUGGGAUUCUAUGGAAAAGUUUGCGCCCCUCUAAUAAAAACAUGCCUCGACGUUUAUGGACGGGAGUUACCAAAUAAUAUUUGGCAAAUUCACAUACCGAUACCCAAUCAAUAAGUAUAUUCACUAUUCUA